AUGCUCCUCAUUUACCCUUCGGAUAAAUACAACAAGUGGCCCCACAUUACAGUAGGACUCAUGCUCUUUGGAGUUAUCGGUUUCAUCACUUCAGCGUGCCUUCCUGCGGAUGCGUACGGCGGGCGCUACGCAAAUCUGAUCAUCGCGUGUGUUGGGACAAUCGCCACCAUUCCCAUCCUACUCGGAUGGCUGUCGGCCAAUCUGCAUUCCACAUCCGCCCAAGGUCUGGCCAUUGCGCUCAACAUCAGCUUUGGUGCCAAAGGACAAAUCACCGGCGUGUGGAUCUACAAGAGUAAGGAGGCCAAAAGGGGUUACCCCACCGGGCACUGGACUAAUGUAUGUCUGCUAUUGUUUGGAGCGAGUAUGACUAUGGGAUUGAUGGUUUUAUACACGAUCCGCAAUAGAAGUAUCGACCGAGGGCUGAGUAGCUCACCGAGAUGGGCUUUGUAG